AUGCUCGGGGGUCCGGGGCCCGGGCGGCGGCUGGUGCUGCUGCUGCUGGGCGCCCUGUGCCUGGGGACCACGGUGCCUCCUGCGGGAGCCUCCAAGAGCAAGAGGCAGGCGCAGCAGAUCAUUCAGCCGCAGGCCCCGGUGACUGUCAGCCAGAGCAAGCCUGGUUGUUAUGACAAUGGGAAGCACUAUCACAUAAACCAGCAGUGGGAGAGAACCUACCUGGGCAAUGCCUUGGUUUGUACCUGUUAUGGAGGAAGCCGAGGCUUUAACUGCGAGAGUAAACCCGAACCGGAAGAGACCUGCUUUGACAAAUACACUGGAGUCAUGUACCGGGUGGGUGACACUUACGAGCGUCCUAAAGACUCCAUGAUCUGGGACUGUACCUGCAUCGGGGCCGGACGAGGGAGAAUCAGCUGCACCAUUGCAAACCGAUGCCAUGAAGGAGGCCAGUCCUACAAGAUUGGUGACACCUGGAGGAGACCACAUGAGACGGGCAACUACAUGUUAGAGUGUGUGUGCCUUGGUAAUGGCAAAGGAGAGUGGACCUGCAAGCCCAUAGCUGAGAAAUGUUUUGAUCAUGCGGCGGGGACUUCCUAUGUCGUUGGGGAGACCUGGGAGAAACCAUACCAAGGCUGGAUGAUGGUGGAGUGCACGUGUCUGGGAGAAGGCAGUGGGCGCAUCACUUGCACCUCUAGAAAUAGAUGCAAUGAUCAGGACACCAGGACUUCCUACAGGAUCGGAGACACGUGGAGCAAGAAGGACAGUCGGGGGAACCUGCUGCAGUGUGUCUGCACGGGCAACGGCAGAGGAGAGUGGAAGUGCGAGAGACACACCUCCGUGCAGACCACAUCCACAGGAACCGGCUCCAUCACUGAUGUCCGGACAGCCAUUUACCAGCCCCAGCCUCACCCGCAGCCCGGCCCUUAUGGUCACUGUGUCACCGACAGUGACGUGGUUUACUCUGUGGGGAUGCAGUGGCUGAAGACCCAGGGCAACAAGCGGAUGCUGUGCACAUGCCUGGGCAACGGAAUCAGCUGCCAAGAGACAGCCGUCACCCAGACUUACGGCGGCAACGCCAACGGAGAACCCUGUGUCCUGCCCUUCACCUACAAUGGCAGGACUUUCUACUCUUGCACCACAGAAGGGCGUCAGGAUGGACAUCUUUGGUGCAGCACAACCUCAAAUUAUGAGCAAGACCAGAAAUACUCAUUCUGCACAGACCACGCUGUCAUGGUUCAGACUCGAGGUGGAAAUUCCAAUGGUGCCUUGUGCCAUUUCCCCUUCCUGUACAACAACCACAACUACACCGACUGUACCUCCGAGGGCAGGAAAGACAACAUGAAGUGGUGUGGAACCACUCAGAACUAUGAUGCUGACCAGAAGUUUGGAUUCUGCCCCAUGGCUGCUCACGAGGAAGUCUGCACAACCAACGAAGGGGUCAUGUACCGCAUCGGAGACCAGUGGGACAAGCAGCACGACAUGGGUCACAUGAUGAGGUGCACCUGUGUGGGCAAUGGCCGCGGGGAGUGGACGUGCAUCCCCUACUCCCAGCUCCGAGAUCAGUGCCUUGUUGACGACAUCACUUACAAUGUGAAUGACACGUUCCUCAAGCGUCACGAGCAAGGCCACAUGCUGAACUGUACCUGCUUUGGUCAGGGCCGGGGCCGGUGGAAGUGUGACCCUCUUGAUAAAACUCUUUUUGACGGUGGUCAUCUGUGUACACUAAAUUUAAUCUUUAACUGUGUGAAUAACCAACCUAAACACAUCUCAACUUUCUCCUUUUCAGGCUCAUCUGAACCUAUCCAAGUAAUCAUCACAGAGGGUCCCAGCCAGCCUAACUCUCACCCCAUACAGUGGAAUGUUCCAGAAACAACUCAUAUUACCAAGUACAUCCUGAGGUGGAGACCCAAAAAUUCUCAAAACCGUUGGAGGGAGGCAACAAUCCCAGGCCACUUAAACUCACACACAAUCAAAGGCCUGAGACCUGGGGUGGUCUACGAGGGACAGCUCAUCAGCGUCCAGCAGUAUGGCCACAAGGAGGUGACACGCUUUGACUUCACCACCACCAGCACCAGCCCACCUGUGACCAGUAACACUGUGACAGGAGAGACAACACCCUUUUCUCCGCUUGUGACCACGUCUGAAUCUGUGACGGAAAUCACAGCCAGCAGCUUUGUGGUCUCGUGGGUCUCGGCUUCGGACACCGUGUCAGGGUUCCGAGUGGAAUAUGAACUGAGUGAGGAAGGCGAUGAACCACAGUACCUUGAUCUUCCCAGCACUGCGACUUCUGUGAACAUCCCUGACCUGCUUCCUGGCCGGAAGUACAUCGUAAAUGUCUAUCAGAUCUCCGAGGAAGGAGAACAGAGUUUGAUCCUGUCUACGUCCCAGACCACGGCACCGGAUGCACCUCCUGACCCUACCGUGGAUCAAGUGGAUGACACCUCGAUUGUUGUUCGCUGGAGCCGACCUCAGGCCCCCAUCACAGGGUACAGGAUAGUCUACUCACCAUCUAUUGAAGGAAGUAGCACCGAACUUAACCUUCCUGAAACGGCCAAUUCCGUCACCCUCAGUGACCUGGAGCCCGGCAUGCGGUACAACAUCACCAUCUACGCUGUGGAGGAAAAUCAAGAGAGCACACCUGUCUUCAUCCAGCAGGAGACCACGGGUGUCCCCCGAUCCGAUAAAGUUCCCCCUCCCAAGGACCUGCAGUUCGUGGAGGUGACCGACGUGAAGAUCACCAUCAUGUGGACGCCCCCUGAGAGUACGGUGACUGGGUACCUCGUGGAGGUGAUCCCCACCAACCUGCCUGGGGAGCACGGCCAGCAGCUGCCCGUCAGCAGGAACACCUUUGCUGAGGUCACCGGGCUGUCCCCUGGCGUCACCUAUUACUUCAAAAUCUUCGCAAUGAAUCAGGGAAGGCAGAGCAAGCCUCUGACUGGCCAACAGACCACCAAAUUGGAUUCACCCAGUAACCUCCAGUUCACCAAUGAGACAGACACGACAGUCUUGGUAACUUGGACCCCACCUCGGGCACAGAUAGCAGGAUACCGCAUGACUGUGGGUCAGACCCGAGGAGGCCAACCGAAACAGUACAACGUGGGGGCUUCGGCCACUCAGUACCCACUGAGGAACCUGCAACCUGGAACCGAGUACACUGUCACCCUCAUAGCUGUCAAAGGCAACCAACAGAGCCCCAAAGUCACUGGAAUCUUUACUACACUGCAGCCUCAAGGCUCCAUCCCACCUUACAACACAGAGGUGACUGAGACCACCAUUGUGAUUACGUGGACACCUGCACCAAGGAUUGGUUUUAAGCUGGGGGUACGGCCUAGCCUAGGAGGGGAAGCACCACAAGAAGUGACUUCAGAAUCAGGAAGCAUUGUCAUUUCUGGCCUGACGCCAGGUGUGGAAUACAUUUACACCAUCUCAGUCCUGAGAGACGGCAAAGAAAAAGAGAAACCUAUCGUGAACCGAGUGGUGACACCCUUGUCUCCACCAACCAACUUGCACUUGGAGUCAAACCCUGACACGGGAGUGCUCACUGUCUCCUGGGAGAGAAGCACCACUCCAGACAUUUCUGGUUAUAGAAUUACCACAACCCCCACCAAUGGCCAGCAGGGAUAUUCUUUGGAAGAAGUGGUCCACGCUGAUCAAAGUUCCUGCACUUUUGAAAACCUGAGUCCUGGCCUGGAGUAUAAUGUCAGUGUUUAUACUGUCAAAGAUGACAAGGAAAGUGUCCCUAUCUCUGAAACCAUCAUCCCAGAGGUGCCCCAGCUCACUGACCUAAGCUUUGUUGACAUAACUGAUUCAAGCAUCGGCCUGAGGUGGACCCCGCUAAACUCUUCCACCAUUAUUGGGUACCGCAUCACAGUAGUUGCGUCAGGAGAAGGGAUCCCCAUUUUUGAAGAUUUUGUGGACUCCUCAGUAGGAUACUACACAGUUACAGGGCUGGAGCCGGGCAUUGACUAUGACAUCAGCGUUACCACUCUCAUUAAUGGCGGAGAGAGUGCCCCCACCACACUGACACAGCAAACGGCUGUCCCUCCUCCCACGGACCUGCGAUUCACCAACAUUGGUCCAGACACCAUGCGUGUCACCUGGGCCCCACCUCCCUCUAUUGAACUGACCAGCUUCUUGGUGCGCUACUCACCUGUGAAAAACGAGGAGGACGUUGCUGAGUUGUCCAUUUCUCCUUCAGCCAACGCAGUGGUCCUAACAAAUCUGCUGCCGGGAACGGAGUACUUAGUGAGCGUCUCUAGUGUCUACGAACAGCACGAGAGCACGCCGCUUAAAGGAAGACAGAAGACGGGUCUGGAUUCUCCCACUGGCAUCGACUUCUCGGACAUCAUGGCCAACUCAUUCACUGUGCACUGGAUGGCUCCUCGCGCCACCAUCACUGGUUACAAGAUCCUCCAUCAUCCUGAGAACGCCAGAGGGCGACCUCGGGAAGACCGCGUGCCACCCUCUCGGAAUUCCAUUACCCUCACCAACCUCAACCCGGGUACAGAGUAUGUGGUCAGCAUCGUCGCCCUCAAUGGCAGAGAGGAAAGCCCCUACUUGGUUGGCCAGCAAUCAACAGUUUCUGAUGUCCCGCGGGACCUGGAAGUCCUUGCCACGACUCCCACCAGCGUGUUGAUCAGCUGGGACGCCCCUGCCGUCACAGUGAGGUACUACAGGAUCACCUAUGGAGAAUCAGGUGGAAACAGCCCUGCCCAAGAAUUCACUGUGCCUGGGAGCAAGUCUACAGCCACCAUCAGUGGCCUUAAGCCUGGAGUUGAUUACACCAUCACCAUGUAUGCAGUCACUGGCCGUGGGGACAGCCCAGCAAGCAGCCAGCCAAUUUCCAUUGAUUACAGAACAGAAAUAGACAAACCAUCCCAGAUGCAAGUGACUGAUGUUCAGGACAACAGCAUUAGUGUCAGGUGGCUGCCUUCCAGUUCUCCUGUUACUGGUUACAGAGUGACCACCACUCCCAAGAAUGGACCAGGACCAACAAAAACCAAAACUACAGGCCCAGAUCAAACUGAAAUGACCAUCGAAGGCUUGCAGCCCACGAUGGAGUAUGUGGUCAGUGUAUAUGCUCAGAAUCAAAACGAAGAGAGUGAGCCUCUGGUGCAGACAGCAGUAACCAACAUUGAUCGUCCCAAAGGACUGGCAUUCACUGAUGUGGAUGUCGAUUCCAUCAAAAUUGCUUGGGAAAGCCCACAGGGGCAAGUUUCCAGGUAUAGGGUGACCUACUCGAGCCCCGAGGAUGGAAUCCAUGAGCUAUUCCCUGCACCUGAUGGUGAAGAGGACACGGCAGAGCUGCAAGGCCUCAGGCCGGGUUCUGAGUACACAGUCAGUGUGGUUGCCUUACACGAUGGCAUGGAGAGCCAGCCCCUGAUUGGAAUCCAGUCCACAGCCAUUCCUGCACCAACCAACUUGAGGUUCACUCAGAUUACACCAACAACCCUGACCGCCCAGUGGGUAGCCCCCAAUGUUCAGCUCACUGGCUAUCGAGUGCGGGUCACCCCCAAGGAGAAGACUGGACCAAUGAAAGAAAUCAACCUUUCUCCCGACAGCACCUCUGUGGUGGUAUCAGGACUGAUGGUGGCCACCAAAUAUGAAGUAAGUGUCUAUGCUCUUAAGGACACUCUGACAAGCAGACCAGCUCAGGGAGUCGUGACUACUCUAGAGAAUGUCAGCCCUCCAAGACGGGCCCGUGUGACAGAUGCAACUGAGACCACCAUCACCAUUAGCUGGAGAACCAAGACUGAGACCAUCACUGGCUUCCAAGUGGAUGCUGUCCCAUCCAAUGGCCAGGCCCCAAUUCAGAGAACCAUCAGACCCGAUGUCCGAAGCUACACCAUCACAGGUCUGCAGCCAGGCACUGACUACAAGAUCUACCUGUACACCUUGAACGACAAUGCCCGGAGCUCACCUGUGACCAUCGACGCCUCCACAGCCAUUGAUGCACCAUCCAACCUGCGUUUCCUGGCCACCACACCUAACUCCCUGCUGGUGUCAUGGCAGGCACCUCGUGCCAAGAUCACUGGCUACAUCAUCAAGUAUGAGAAAGCUGGAUCUCCCCCCAGAGAAGUGGUCCCUCGGCCACGGCCCGGUGUCACGGAAGCUACUAUUACUGGUCUGGAACCGGGAACAGAGUACACCAUCUAUGUCAUUGCCCUGAAGAACAACCACAAGAGUGAGGCACUGAUUGGGAGGAAAACGACAGAUGAGCUUCCCCAGCUGGUAACCCUUCCACAUCCCAAUCUUCAUGGACCAGAGAUCUUGGAUGUUCCCUCCACAGUUCAAAAGACCCCUUUCAUCACCAAACCUGAAAGUAACACUGGAAACGGUAUUCAGCUUCCUGGCACUUCCGGCCAACAGCCUAGUGUCGGGCAACAGAUGAUCUUUGAGGAGCAUGGUUUUAGGCGGACCACACCACCUACAACGGCCACGCCAGUAAGGCACAGGCCAAGACCAUACCCGCCGAAGGUAGAUGAGGAGAUCCAAAUUGGCCACGUUCCCAGGGGAGACGUAGACCAUCACCUCUACCCUCAAAUUCUGGGACUCAAUCCAAAUGCUUCUACAGGACAAGAAGCUCUCUCUCAGACAACCAUCUCUUGGACGCCAUUCCAGGAAAGUUCUGAGUAUAUCAUUUCAUGUCAACCAAUUGGCAUUGACGAAGAACCUUUACAGUUCCGAGUUCCUGGAACUUCUGCCAGUGCCACCCUGACAGGCCUCACCAGAGGGGCCACCUACAACAUCAUAGUGGAGGCACUGAAAGACCACAGGCGGCACAAGGUCCGCGAGGAGGUUGUUACGGUGGGCAAUUCUGUCAGUGAAGGCCUGAACCAGCCCACAGAUGACUCGUGCUUCGACCCCUACACAGUCACCAGCUACGCCGUCGGAGAGGAGUGGGAGCGGCUGUCCGAAUCUGGCUUUAAGCUCUCGUGCCAGUGCUUGGGCUUUGGCAGUGGUCAUUUCCGAUGUGACUCAUCUAAAUGGUGCCAUGACAAUGGUGUGAACUACAAGAUUGGCGAGAAGUGGGACCGGCAGGGGGAGAACGGCCAGAUGAUGAGCUGCACGUGUCUCGGAAAUGGGAAAGGCGAAUUCAAGUGCGACCCCCAUGAGGCCACGUGCUACGAUGACGGGAAGACCUACCACGUCGGAGAACAGUGGCAGAAGGAAUACCUCGGGGCUAUCUGCUCUUGCACGUGCUUCGGAGGCCAGCGGGGCUGGCGCUGUGACAACUGUCGCAGACCCGGGGCUGAAGGCCGCCCUGAUGGCACCACUGGCCACUCCUACAACCAGUAUUCUCAGAGAUACCAUCCAGGAACAAACACUAACGUCAACUGCCCCAUUGAGUGCUUCAUGCCCUUGGACGUACAGGCUGACAGAGACGAUUCCCGAGAAUAAGCUUUCCCACGCUAUGCGAGCGUGCGUCUCGGCCAUGAUCCACCCGAACUGGAGUGAUGUCGGCAGACCCCACCUUUGAGUGUUUGCUUCUUUCUUAUGCUCUUCACUCUGG